AUGAGCUCUAUCUCGUCCAACCCGGAGGUCCUCGACCUCAUCGACGACCACCUGCAGGGGCAGCUUUGGGAGGACGUCAAGGAGUUCAUCUCCGCAAAUCCCGACAUCCUGGAUAGGUUGGAUAGGCAUACGCUGGCGGGAUUGGUGGAUUGGUUAAAGAAGAAAGGGAAGGCAGCUUACGAUUAUGCAAAGGAUAAGGCGACGAAAGCCGCCGAUUAUAUAAGGGAAAAACUUAAGAAGAAGACGAAGGAAGGAGAUGAAACUUCCGAGGAAGAAUCGGAGGAAAACCAGCCUGCUGCAGCCACUGCAAGCAAUCACUUCGGUGCCUCCAUCCGUGGCUGCAGGACCGUCUCCCCCGCGGACCUCACCCACCUGAAGCUCACGAUCAUGCAGGACCCGGAUGUCCUCGAUGACAUGAACGCCCACCUCCGCGACGGCCUGUGGCAGCGAUGA